UUUUAUGGCAAUGAAUAUUUCAUAUUUUUUAUGUAGUUGUCCGUAAAAUUUUAUUUCAUUCAUCUUUUCUUACAGCAUGAAUUUCAUAUUAGUUUUUCUUUUGAUAAUAUUGGGCCUAAUGGAUUUAGGUGCAGAAAAAGUAAUUUUACCAGAUGGAAGAAUUUUUGUUAUACCAGAUAUAGAAAGUUACAAAUAUAUUUUACAUAAUGAAUCACCAUCUUCUUUAGAACUUUUUUACAUUUUGCAAGAAACUCAAUCUAAAUCAGCAGUAUUGUGCCCAAAGGGUUAUUUUAUAAUUGAGAUAAAUCAAGAAUUGGUUGUUAACCAGGGUGUUACUCUUUCUGAACCUGAUAUUACUCUUAAACAUAAAGCAUCAUUGCUACAGCCAGAACUAUCAGAAAGUCACAGAACAGCUCCAUGUCCAACUAUCUAUGAUUGCUUAGGCUAUCAAGCAUGUCUUUUCAAGUUCAGCAAUGAAUUUUGUCAGCGUGAUCCGGUAUGGUCAGUAAGAAAAAUCGUGCUCUUGACUGUUGUAUGCAUGCGAGAUGACAUGCAUAUUGUUCCAUCACAAUUCCAGAAGCAGAAAAAUUUUGUCCUCCAUAUACUUUAUAAAUUAGAAAAUGAUGAGGCAGGUAUUACUGAACAAAAGGAUUAUUCUCUGGUAAAUAUUCAACAUGUGGAAUUACCUGAAGAUUUGGUAUUUAGUGGACAGUGCUCAUUGCCUCAGACAGCCACUCAAAUUGAAGGUUAUUUUGGAAAAUGUGAUGAAGUGCCUUUGCCUAAUGAAGAUAUUGCUGUAAAGAUGUGGACCAUUUUAGGAAGGACAAAAUCAAAAAACUGUGCAGAGGAAUUGAAGCAAGUGUUCUGUGCUUUUCAGUACAACAAACAAGGACUUUGCAUACCACCAAUGUAUCAUAAUAAUAAGACUGAAAAAAAUCAAAAAAUUAGCAGAAUGUACAAUUUUCAUGCUCUACCUAAUCCUGGCUAUAGAAGAAAUGUGCUGCGUUAUAAGCAUUUUUUAUCUGAGCAUCAUAGUGAAGUGGUACCUGCACGCUUAGCCUUUUUGAUAAUGUGUCAUGAAAGUGUUCCUGCAAUUAUUGAGUUGCUGCAUUCUAUAUACAGAGAACAGUAUUUAUAUCUUAUUCAUGUGGAUAAACAAGCAACUGAAAUCAGAGAAGAACUCUUGUAUAUGCUUUCUGUGUCACAUUUUAAUGCAAAAAAUAUCUUUGUACUUCCACCGGAGCAAUCUUUCACUUCAUCAUGGGCAUCAUACGCUAUAGUCAGAGCUGAGCUGGAGGGUUUUGAGGAGCUGUUACGCCUUGGACUGUGGGAUUUUGUUAUAAAUCUUAGUGGGUCAGAUCUUCCACUGAGAAGUGUAGAUGAUCUAGCAAUAGCUCUGGCACCCCACAGAGGUUUGUCCUUUUUACCUUUCAUUCAUUCCGUCAAUAAAGAAGGCAAUAAAUCAGCUUUUCCAAAUGCAAAUGUUUAUUAUGCCUGUGAUGAAUAUGUUUAUGAUGUUACAUCUGUUCCCAAUAUUCCCAGUGAAGAUAAACUUGAAAUCUACAGUUCCUCUCAAUGGGGUGUAUUUAGCAGAGAAUUCAUAGAGUAUCUUGUUAAUGAAAAGUUGCGCCAUCCAUUGAUCAACAAGUAUCAAUUUUAUCUGCAGACUCGUAUUAUUCCUGAUGAAAGUUAUAUACCUACAGUUUUAAUGAACUCUCCUUUCAGAAACACAUUGCACCUAUCUCCUAUGCAUACAACUAAAGAAUUCUCAUUUGUGGAUGCUGAUAAUCUUUGUCGUCAUAUUUUCAUUGAUGCUGACUUUUGUGGGCAAGGCCCUGGAUUAUUUUCUGCUGAAGAUAUUCCAACUUUGUAUUCUUUGUCUCAUAGAUCUUUCUUUGCUCGAAAAUUCAAUCUCCAGCCAUAUGAUACAGUGCGGAAAGCAGCUCUAGAUUUGGCUCAAAAUUAUUACCACCAUUUUCUUGAGAAGUUUUUGCCUGCAUCGGUAGUGAAAGCUGUAAUUGAGGAUGCCAUUGCUAAAUAUUCUCAUGCAAAAAAACUUGAACAAGGGCAACUUGUUUUUGAAUCAGUUUUAAAUCUUCAGAUAACACCUUCUUUAGUUCCCCAUGAUCCUUGUUGCAGAUCUAAGCUCGUCGAGGGACUCCAAGCAAUAACAGAUUAUAAUUACUGGUUAGAUAUUUCUGUUUUUGACAAAGGAGAUGAACGCUUAAAAAAUGUUCGAAUAAUACUCGAACCUGCUUUAAGUAGUCGGUUCUGUUAUCCACAUGGUGAUCUGAGAAUGGCAUUUAUAUCACCAUGGAUUUCUGAUAAUCAGACAUAUUCCGAAGGAUUUGAUUUUACUCAAAGUUUGCCUCUACCCUAUGCUCCAGCAUUUAGUGAUGGAGUCUUCAUCAUUGUUCUUAUUGCUCGUGAGACAGAAAGUCUGGAUUGCAGAGAUGGAUUUGUUGGUGAUCCUUUAUACUUCAGCGAUCGGAAAAGUCCAGUUAAAGUGAUGCUCAAGUUAAUUUCACCAGAUCAAAAUAUCAGAUGUGUUAAAAAUGAAACUCUCUACUUGGAAGAUUAUAUUGAAAAUAAAAAUCUGUCUGCAAGUAGUAUGAAUCUGGAAACUGAAGAGGAAACAUUUUGGAAAAUAUAUCCCAUCACUAUUAAAUGUGGUACAAUGGAACCUGGGCAUUGGAUGUUACAGAUAACUCAGGUACAGCCAUCAAAUUCAGUGGUUUAUAAUUUUCCAUUUUAUUUACUGGAUUUUCAUAAUGAAUACAGUCUAAAUGAUCAUUUACAUGAUGUGGUAACUCUGUGGCAAUUAAAGCAUUUUAGCUUCAUCUCAAACGAUUACACUUUUAAUUUUGAGGAAGAUGAAGAAAUAGAAAAACAAAUUCUAUUUUCUAGAGAAAAUUAUUUGAUUCCAAAGUUAUCAAAGAUAAAAAAGUCCAAUUACAUUCAUAAAAAGGAAGAAUCUCGUAAAAUUAAUAUGUCUGAAAAAAACAGCAGCAGCAAUUUGAAAAUGUCACAUGAUUGGAAUAUAAAGCAAGUUAUUACCAUUGGAGUGAAUGCAAGUUACAUUAUUCUAUGCAUCAUUUUAAUUUAUUUAUUUCGUAACAGAAGAUACCAUUUUCAUCAGAAAGUAUUUUAUUUCUUUCUCUCAUGUUUGAUAUGUGUUAUUAUCCAUCAGCUACUUAUGUUCAUAUUGUUUUCCAUAUAAUGAAUUACUGUUCUAUGCAAAUCUAUUGUAAAUAUCGAAUAAUCAAUAUAUUCUUUAUUUAAUAUAU